AUGCCUUCUCGUAGAGCUAACACCGGGAAUUUGAAUGCUAGGAAUGCAAACGCAGAUCUUUCAGUCCCAAAUCAAGAAGUUUCGAAUGCAGAGUUCCGGAACGCCAUUCAGGUAUUGGCUCAGAGUGUGACCAACCAGAACAAUCAGUGGGUUCCAAUCCCGGCAGAGAACAGGGGUACAGAUGCAGCUCCUAUCACUUCAGAUUGCUUUAGUGAGACCUUUUUGGACAGGCUCUUCCCAAGAGAAUUAAGAGAGGCAAAAGCUCAAGAAUUUAUGAACUUAAGGCAAGGUAGCAUGAUAGUCCAAGAGUAUAGGCUUAAUUUUACCCAACUCUCUAGGUAUGCUCCUCACAUGGUUUCUGAUUCAAGGGUCCAAAUGAAUAAGUUUUUAUAUGGAGUGUCAGACUUUGUGAAGACAGAGUGUAGAAAUGCCAUGUUACUUGAAGAUAUGAGCAUCUCUAGGCUCAUAACUCACACUCAGCAGGUUGAGGGUGAUAAGCUUAGGGAACAAGCCACAGAGAAUAAGAAGGCUAGGAACAACAACUAUGACUAUUCUCAAUAG